UUCCUCUUCCCCUUUCUCUUUCAUCUGAUGCGCGCGUUCCUCUUUUUUCUUCUCCCAGCCAAAGCAAAACCACCGAACAACAUCCACCACCACACCACUGCCGGCGAGCCGCGACCACUCUUCUCCUUCUCCAUCCAUCACCGCCGCACCCCCCUCAAUCUUCUGUAUUGAUUCUUUAGUUUAGAGAGCUAUCUCCAUCCAUCUCUCUCCACAAACCCUAAUUGUUGUAACUUGUAAGGUCUGGCUCCGCCACUGGUGUUCCGUCGUCGGCGCCGUUUUCCUGCCUCACCGUGCUUAUCUGCAUCUUCUUCUUCUCGUGCCUCUCUGCUUCAGUUUUACCAAAGAUCUUGGUUGGUUGCGAUACUUUCGUGGAAUUGAAGUUGCUCAAUCAAAAAGCAGAUUCUAAAUGACAACUAGACGAUUUAUUCAACUCUGCAUCUAUUUGUUUGCCGGGAGUUCAUUUAUAUGGUCACCUGGCAAUUGUUCUGUUGGUGAUUCAGAAUCAGGCCAGAUGGUUGAUUCCCCAAACCCUAUCUCUAAUAGCAAAAAUGAUAAAGCUUCGUCUCCGACAAAGCAGUAUCUGAUGCAGUCUUAUUAUGACAGAUAUACAAGCUUACAUGAUUCAGAUUUUGAAAAUUUCAUGUCUCAAGAAGUCACUUCUGGUCUGUGUGAAGCGCUUCCAGAAAACCAUAAUUCCAUGUUAAGAUUGUCAGUUGUAAGACGUGAUCUUGUUGGUGAAGGUUCUCAUCGCCGUAUGUCUACAUUAAUCAAAUUACAAAGCCAACAAUUGAAGUCUUUGUCUGAACUUUUAAGCUACUCAUGUGAAUUCAUAGUUAUUGAAAGAUUACCUUCUGGAGUUUUUGCUGAUCCAUUUGAAUUACAACAUCUCGCUCAACGUGGUGUGUGCAAUAAUAUAGCUGUGUUUGGUGAUACAAAUCUGGAGCUGCCUUCGUUCUUGUCCAAUCGUUCUGCUGUUGAAAUCCACUUAGAUGUUGAUCCAAAUACAUUGCUAAAGUCAACUGAUUUCAGCAUAGAGUUUCCUUUGCAUGCACGAUAUCAACCUCUGAAUGAAAGUGGCUACUCAAUAGUUGAAUUUGGUGCACCGGAUAUGUUACUUCGCUGCAGCAGAAAGGAAAAGGUGGAAAAUAACAAUUGCUUGUUCAGAUUGAAAAUCGAUGAUGCCAAUCUGUAUGAUGCUGGUCUUGUUUGGAGAAUACCAUCGGGAAGAAAGGCGCAUUCUGAACUUGUCUCUGCCGUUACAUUUCUUAUCGCCUUGUUAUCAACUCUUGUAAUUGUGGUAACAUCAUUGCGUUAUUUCAAUUGUAGAUUGAACAAAGAUUUGAAACAAUCGUAAAUGUUUUUAUUAAUGCAAUUUUGCUUCAGUGGUUCUAUGCAUUCAGUAUUUGUUGUAUUUAUUUGAGAAUAUUUUGUCAUCAGUCAAGAAAAAGAAUUUGCUUGAA